AGCCAAUCCCUGACUGAGGAGGGACAUCAAUGCGGCCAGUGAUUGGAUGGUGCUAACAGUCAGAAGCCAUUGACAUGUCGUCGAGGUUAACACGUGAGGAGUGGAUAGAAAUUGUGUUGAUGUCUGGUGAACACAGUAGCUGGGUCAUUGCAGCAUAUUUCAAUGCAAGACACUCUACGAGACCACCCAGUUUCGUGAAACUGCCAAAAUGUGGACGCAUGAAAUCUGUCACUAAUGAAGAAACAUCAGUGGCUGUCCUAGCUUCAUUCAGCAAGAGCCCACAGCGUAGCACUCGCCGCAUGUCACUGGAGAGUGGCAUUAAUCGAACAUCCCUUUGGUGGAUAUUAGCUACUCACAAAUGGCACCCUUACAAACUCCAGCUACUGCAGCAUCUCAAUGAGGAUGACCCAGAUCGGCGCACUGAAUUUGCAGCAUGGGCAAAACAAAAAUUGGAACAGUACCUUCAGUUUACGCAGAAGAUUUUGUUCAGUGAUGAGGGAAACUUUUAUGUGAAUGGUGAAGUUAACAAACAAAACCACCGCUAUUGGUCUGACACUAACCCACAUUGGAUAGAUCCCUCCAAGACUGUUGGAACACAAAAAUUGAUGGUAUGGUGUGGUAUAUGGGGUACAAAGAUAGUGGGGCCAUUCUUCAUCAAUGGAAACCUCAAGGCCACUGUAUAUGCGAAAUUGCUACAUGAUGAUGUGUUUCCCUCUUUAUGCACUGAAGCUGGCACGUUCCCAGAGUGCACCACCGCAUUUUGGGUGUCAGGUCCGAGCAUUUCUAGAUGAACAGUUUCCUGGAAAGUGGAUUGGUCAUUGUGGGUCAGUUGAAUGUCCCCCAAGGUCUC